AUGAACGAAAACACUAAGGACAAAGAGUUGCUAAGGCACAUUGAGAGGGAGGUGCGGAUGCGGGAGGGCGCCAGUAAGCUGCUGGCCGCCUGUUCCCGAAGAGAGCAGGCCCUGGAGGCCUCAAAGAGCCUGCUGGCCUGCAACGCCCGCAUCCUGGCCCUGCUCAGCCAACUGCAGAAGAUGAGGAAAGCUCAAAUCCUACGGGGAGUAGGACGCAGGUCCUCUGAAGACACAGUGCCAUGUACUGGAAAAGUAGCCCUUUCAGACCUUCGGGUCCCGCUCAUGUGGAAAGACUCAGAGUACUUCAAAAACAAAGGAGAGCUGCAUCGCUGUGCCGUGUUCUGCCUGCUUCAGUGUGGCACAGAGAUCUAUGACACGGGCCUGGUGAUGGUGGACAGGACCUUAACUGACAUCUGUUUCGAAGACACAAUCGUAUUCACUGAGGUGGAUCCAGGCUUCCAUAUUCGCGUUGAGCUCUACAGCAGUUGUGUGGUGGAGGAUUUCUCCCCCGGGGCUCUAGGACCCAGGAGAGUGACCCGUCUGGGGGGCUCUCUGGGAUGCUCCUCUGGGAAAAAGAUCCGUGCUGCGUUUGAGUCUGCAGCUGUUUGUGGGUCUGCUUCCAGUGGAGGAGACGUAAGCCAGGGGUACUCGUCGCCGCCUUUAUCCACUCAUCUGUCUAAACUGGGCCCAAAGUACAACCUGUUGGCUCACACAACACUGAGAAUCGAACAUGUGCAGGAGGGUUUCAAGACCCAUGAUUUGUCCUUAGCAGCAGCUGAGGACAGUCCAUACUGGUUACCUCUCUAUGGAAAUAUGUGCUGCCGCUUGGUUGCUCAGCCUCUGUGCAUGAUUCAACCAGUCAUAAGUGGUCAACUCGAUGUUAAGCUUGGAGAGGACCUUGAUUGCUGGGAAAACCUCUAUGGGGUCCUCAGGGGACAAAGACUCCUCUGCUAUCAGAGUGGAGAAGAGCUGGAGUCCGAGGAGAAGCCAUUACUUGUGAUCCCCAUCAGAAAGGAUACGCUUGUCUGUGCGUUGGAGAGAGAUGCUGUUCAUACCCAGAGAAUACACAUGACUACACAGUGUCAAGGAGAUGAGGUAUCCUACACACUGACCAUGCACAUACCUGAAGACACGCAGCGCUGGAGCAAGGCCCUGUGGCAACACAUCUACAACAUAAGCCAGUGGAAGCAGUGUUGUCAUCACCUCAUGAAGAUUGAAAUGCCGAGCCCCAGGAAAUCCAUCGCAGUGAGGCAGGGAUCGCUAUACCAUGAAAUAGUGACACCCUCGUCUCCCGGAGACGGUCUUGUGGCUCCGGAUUUAUCUUUAGAGAUCCGCACUUUGCUCUCUUCCUACUACAAGGAAAGCUGA